AUGGCAACAAAAGACGAGACGACGCGCACACGCACCGAUCGAAUUAAGGCCGAUUUACGGUCAAUCUCAACAUGCACAAACGCCACAGCGACUGCGCUCCAGGACUUGCUGUCAAGAAAAGCGGAGGAUGUGCCACAGAAGGAGAAUGUCAGAGCAAAAGUUCAGCCCGCCGCACGGAGGAGAGGCGCGACAGCCACAGGUGCGGCGUCAGCGGAUAUGGGGAAGCAGAAGAACUCGAACCUUGGGCCCAAGGAGAAGUACGUACUGGCGACUGAGGUUGCCAAUACGACCCUUCAGACGCUUGCAGAUGCGCUGAAGAAUCCACCGCACGCAACCGCCGCCCGUCCCCCUACCAAGUCGAAGCCAACCGCCGCCGAAGAUGCGCGCAAGCCUGCACGACCGCGACUCGGCCAGACAACGAGCUCCUUGGCAUCGCAAAAGCCUCUCAGGGAACGAUCCGUCUCGCAAAUCAACAACUCGCCCCAAAAACGCGUCCCUCGGCGGUCGUCUUCUUAUUCUUCCUUCCUCGCCCCAGGUCCCGACCCUGGCCUGCUCGCAACAGCUGAAUGCGCAAGAACCGCGUUUGCGUACUUGGGUACACCAGAGGCACAGAAGGUCUUGGGCAAGGACUCGCAAGAACUACAGUACGAAAAUGGUGUGCUCGUGCUUAUCGGAAAGCUCGUCGCACUUGGCCUAGACAAUAUGGCAGUCAAGGAAUUAAGAGGGUUGAAGAAGAAGUUGGACAGAUAUCUCGGGCAGGAUGCGGGCAAAGACGAGGUCAAGUCUGGCUUGCACCAGCAGGGACUUGCAGAGAAAGAGAGCCUUGCGUUCCUUCUCGACUUCGCGGCAAUCGACCCGAAGAGCCCUGCUAUCCCGCUAGUAGCAAACUUCCAGAUGUAUACUUUGCGCAUUAUUGCAAAGCUGAAGAGGCCUCGGACUGUUGAAGCCACUUGGGCAUAUCUCAAGUUGACCAACCCUUCGUCACCUGCGAACCUACUCUUUCACACUGCUAAGACCCCGAACGGCCAGGCCAAGGCGGCAAGACAACUGGAGUCGUUGGCGCAGACUGUGCUUUCCCUAUGUCCAAGUAUAUCGACAUCCGAAGAUGCGAACAAUCUACAACCAUCUGCCGAGACCGUACUUCUGUUACAGCACCUGGCGUUCAGCGUUCGAAAGAAAUGGUGGAGUCUGGUCAAGCACCAAGGCAGUGUGGAUAGAGAGCUUUCAGACCCAUUCACCAAAUGCGUAGUUGCUUUCGCCCGCAGAUCACUGCUCAACCCAAGUAAGAAGUACAAACUCGCUGAGACAUUGUACAUUGAUUUGGCUGGGUUCCCGGGCGAGCCUGCUCCGCAAGCAGCAGCCAACAAGACCCUGUCCUCUCUUGCUCAAGCUGCGGGCCUGUCUGACCAGGCCCUUCGAUGGCUGGGCUCCUCAAAAGACACUGCGGACUCCAAUUCAUCCGCGGCAAAGCAAACAACACGUGCGAUACGCGUUGCCACAAUCAAUCUUGAGGCUCAUGUGAAAGGCGAGAAGAAACCGGACUUGGACGAGACCAUUACUACCGCACUUCAGAUCUUGGAUGGCGCUCUAGGUGGUUCAGUGUCUGAUUUGGAAACUCUGUUUACUGAAGUGAAUGCACUGCGACGCGCUGCGACACGGUUACUAGUCACAAGCAUGUCAAAAACUACAGCUAGUUCUGAGAGCAAUCCUACCGAACAGCAUGCUGUACCCAUCAUUGCAGCCAGUGUACAUUUCUUUGCCAGAUUUCUCGGGGCUACAUCGUCAGGUGAAACAGACGCAAAAUCGCAAACCCGGAAACAGGAGCGAGUACUUCUAGCAUGGAAAUAUGCCAAGAGUACGGUCGACUCUUUGAUGGCAUGUUGCAAGAGAACGACAAAGACUCAAGAUCAAUGGAAAGAACUGGAUACUAUCCUUCAAGAAUGCUCACACAUCAUACGUCGAUUCGAAGAAGAGAUCGGACAAGGCACACUUCCCAGAGAAGAGAACAUCUCUCUUGUGGGCACGUAUAUGGUCAAGCUAUCAAAUGCGUACUGGUCUUUGUAUCUGCAGUUGCGAAAAGCGCAUUGCAAUCCCGAAGCCCUCGUUGUAGCCAUGGAACGCUCAAUCGAUCUUGUGCAAUCUCGUUCGUCACCUGAGAGAGAAAGUGGACUCCUCUCGAUGAAGCUGGAAAACUGGGGAGAGGCCUUGGAGGAUCUGAACCGUACCGAAAGCUCUCGCAACGCUUUUCGGCAAUGCAUUCAAAACCACCUCACUGUCAAUGUGUUGCAGCAGCUCUCUGAGAAGACGUCAACAUCCUCCUUGCACAAUGUGUUCGAUAGUGAGGGGCCAUUCGGUGCCCUCGUUCGCGUAAUGAAGACACUUCAUCACUCCUUCGUCACGUCUGGUCUUCAGAAUGUAGACGAACUCGCCUUCUACGACGAUGACGAGCUAGAACCAGGAACUAGGGGAGCCAUCCUAGAGUUGCAGCUUGGCUUUUACUUACGAACUCUGACCAAGAACCGACAGUGGGACUCGAGUCUUGACCAGUCGAUACGCAUUCUGGUGGAACGUUUGCAACAGCUUUAUGUACCAAGCGUGUAUCCCGUUCGACAUCUCCGACUAUGUGUCACACUUCUUCAGCUUUCUCAACAAAACCCGCAUAUAUUGUCUGAAGAACUGAAAUCGAUUAACGCCACAGAUGACGACGAGAUACAAAAUGCAAGUAGUAAAGAUGAAGCAUUAAGACGAUACGAGGUUCAUCUUAAAACGCUUCGCGACCUCAAAGCUUCGAUGGAACAGUCAUCUUCUACCACAACAACCUUCCAGCCGUGCUUCACAACGUGGGAGUCACUCGUUGGGUCAAUGUCUUCGUGGGAGGCGCUCACAGAUUGUGUCGAGAAUACCGAAUCCUGGCUACAAGAUCUGCAAGCAUGCCUUGAAUUUCUCAACGCGAAAGGGGAAGAGUAUCUUGCGUUGCCUCUCCUACAUCUUUUGGUCAAGAUAUUGGAGCUCCAAGACGGUUCUGAUGUAUCCGAGCGCAUCGCCGUUUUGUGUGCCCUCGGCCUGCAAUUUCUUCACCUUGGGUAUACCGGCAAAGCAGGGUUGUCUUUGGCGAAGGCUGAAGCGUUGCUCGAACGUCAGACAUCAUCUGUAGAAGCCAAGCUGCAAUGGCAUAUGGCAUAUGCUGAGUAUCUUGUGAGUACCGGAAACACCACGAAAUGUCUGACUACGAUGGCGGAUGCUCAAUCUCUUGCGCUCAACGAUCGUCAGUUCAUGGAUCUCGCAAAACCUACAACUACGCUUUCUGGCAGAUUGCGAUUUAACAAGAUAGUGGCGGCUGCCGCUUAUGUGCAGUCGCUUCUUGCCACAGCUACUGGGUCAUACAAGACAGCAGCUCGGCAUGCGAGGCAGUGCGUUACAAUCAAUCGUCGCAUAUGGGCCGCCCUCGAAUCACGGGCCAGUGCGAAAAGGAUGACACCUUCGGAGAAUGCGGAAUCUACUGCGCCUCUUGUCAUGUCCGUGACACAUGAUGCUCUCAAUGGACCUGAAUUCUGGUGCCUGGUUCCUGCGUUGUAUCGGGCACUAAUGCAGCAAUCUCAGAUCUUCGCCCACCAAGGCCUAUUACAUGAAGCAAUCCAUGUUGCUGAACAGGCUGAAAAAGUGGCUGCAGCCACACAAUCUGCGACUUUGAUCACAGACAACGCCAGCUGGCGUGCUGACUGUUGGGCGCAGAGUGGCAGACCUGACAAGGCCGAAACCAUUCUCAAGUCUCUGAGUCCCGAUCUUUCCCGAAAGUGUCUCUCAACGGCAGGUUAUCAUUCAGCCGUAGCCAGGAUACAUCACUGGAACGGUCAAUAUGAACAGGAGAUACAAUCGUACGACUGCAUGGAGAAACUUCUUAAGGACCUGAGUUCGCCAUCGUACAUCAAGACUCUGGAGACUUUUUCUACCUCCGUCGAUGCGCUUGCUAAUCGUGUCUCAUCUAUGACCCUAGAGGCCACAGAGAAUGUCAAGAAACCAGCCACAAGAGGUCGCAAACCUGCCGUGAAAGCUGGACCGAGAGCGGCUUCCAAGUCUACCGCCAACGCUCGCGCCAAGGCCACAGAAGUAGCUGCAAAGCCUGUUCCAAGAACGAAACGCCAAGUAGGAAAGCCCACUGUUUUGGAAACGCCUAGUAUCACCGAAGAGUGCUCUGCGCUGUUCGUGUUCCAAGCGAGCAUGAGAGACCGAGCUGUCCUUGCGAACCUACUCCACGAUGAUCUCGCAAAAGCUCUGAGUAUACUUGGUGAAGCGGAACAGCUUCAAACUGGACUAAGCCAGGAAGUGUCGCACAUGUGGGCUAUCUUCAAAGCGAAACUUGCACAGAGUGCGAAGCAGAUUGCUGAAGACUUUACUGUCAACACACUCCCUGAGUCGACCAUUGCCUUUCCUGCUUUUGGUCUCGACGCAGUAACCGCCAAGAAGGGUGCUCAGGCUACUUCGACUGCUACCAAAGGUGGCCGGGCGAAGAAACAAAUCAAGGUGGACUUCAUGGAUACGCUUCGUGAUGCACGUGCGCGACUCGUAGAAGCACACUCCCUGUGUGCUACUAAUGGGUCCAACCAUCUGUUCCGUCAAACCUCCAUGGCGCUCGGUCAUGUCACUGUGUUGAUGUCGGCUGUCUCAGGAACAGAGCUGCCGGGCUCGCUCCACCCGUUAUACGCAGCUUAUAUGAGCGAACUUCCAAAAGUAAAUGCCUUGCGGCUUGUGCAGGAGUCGACAGAGGCGGAGAAGGAGCAGCUCUCACGCGAUGAUUGUCUGAGAUGGCCAACUUCUGAUUCCUCGCAUUUUGCCUUCAGCUCAGUAUCCAGUUUCCAGGAAGAGUAUGUUGACAUCAUUCCAGAAACGUGGUCUGCUGUAUCGCUGGCGCUUAGUGAGGCACGCGAUGAGCUAUUCAUCACCCGAUUUGAGGGUGGCUUGUCUCCGUUCGUAUUACGUUUACCACUUGCCCGUCACGCUUCCCGCGAGAUGGACGAAGAAGAGUUUUCUUUCGAGGAUGGCAAGAGAGAUUUUGAUGAGAUUGUCGAGCUCAGUGACUUCAGUACUCGAUCCGCCAAAGACAUGACUUCUAGGGAAGCGAGACACCAGUGGUGGGCUGAACGCGAAGCUCUCGACACCCGGCUUCGCGAACUUCUUGUCAACAUGGAGAACAUCUGGCUCGGUGGUUUCAAAGGUAUCUUCUCACAACACGAAAGACAGCCAGCUCUUCUUGCUCAAUUCCGAAAGUCACUGGAGGAUAUACUCAACGAACACUUGCCAUCUCGUAGGAAGAAGAGUACCCAAAAGCGACCAGUGCUGGAUACACGAGUGCUGGAGUUGUUUAUUGGACUGGGCGACGCUACUAAUGACGACCUCGAUCUUGAUGAAGCGCUAAUGGACCUCAUAUACUUUGUGGUGGACAUCCUCCAAUUUAACGGCGAGCGUAAUGCAUACGACGAGCUCGACUUUGACGCCAUGGUCGUGGAGACGCAUGAAGCAUUACGCGCCUAUCACACAGCGUCACAAAAACUUGAUGCUACCUCUCGCCAUACAAUACUUAUCUUGGACAACAACUUGCAUGCCUUCCCAUGGGAAUCGCUGCCUUGCCUAGAACAGCUUUCUAUCUCGCGACUACCCUCGCUUGCCGCCCUUCGAGAGCGAAUACUUUCUGCACGGUCUUCGGCAACCCAGCAGGAUGCUGCUCCGGGCCAUUACAUCUCUACAAGCACUGGAGGUACCAGUAUGCUAAAUCCGUCGGGAGACUUGGCGCAUACCUCGAAAACCAUCAAGCCACGUCUAGACGAACUUACAGGUUCUUGGAAUCACAUCGCCAAUCGCCCACCGUCGGAAGUGGAGUUUGAAGAUUCGUUGCGAAACAAAGACCUAGUUUUGUACUUUGGUCACGGCAGCGGUGCGCAAUAUGUCAAGUCGAAAUCAGUGCGACGUCUCUAUCCCGGCGAACAGAAUGAAGGAGAACGAAAACCAGGCUGUGCGACCACACUCCUCUUCGGCUGCUCGUCUGUACAUCUGACAGAAAACGGGAUUUUUGAACCUUCGGGUAUGCUUGCUUCGUAUCUCACCGCUGGCGCACCAGCAGUACUUGGCAUGUUAUGGGACGUCACUGACAAAGACUGCGAUCGCUUUGCUGUCAAAGCAGGUGAAUUAUGGGGAUUGUGGCCCGAGGCGCAAGAAGACGUGUUGCCAUCCAAGACGUCUACGAAGACUCCUGCGAAGAAGGGCAAGGGCAAGAGUAGAGUUGCGCAGUUGGCGGACGAGGUAGAGGGUGUGAGGGCCGCGGAGAGCGCAAAGAAGGGAAAGAAGUCUGUGAAACUUGCAGAUGAUCAUCCGAAUUUGGAAGGCAAUUCGCAGAGGGGGGUUGGAUUAGAUGAAGCGGUGCGGGAUGCGAGAAAGGCUUGUUAUUUGCGGUACUUGAAUGGGGCUGCUGCUGUUGUAUACGGAAUACCGGUAUAUUUGGACUAG